AUGCCCUCCGUUACUCAGAAUGAAGAAAGACCUUAUUCUUCCACGGUCGUCAUCAUCGGAGCAGGGCCCGUCGGGCUCCUGACGGCAUUGAGACUGGCCCAGAGUGGUAUCAAAGUCGACAUCGUUGAAAAGGAGGAAGGUCUCAGUGACGCCCCUCGGGCGUGCUCCUACUACGCGGCAGCUCUGCACGCUCUCCAAAAAGCCGAUGUUCUAGACGAUAUCAAAUCCACCGGCUUUACCACCAGCGGUCUUUGCUGGAGGGCCCCGCUGGCUGACGACGGCAACGGAGGGAAAAAGCUAGGCGAGAUGCUUGCUUGUCUGCCAAUAGUGGGCACGAAUGACUGGGACCAUGGAGUGGUGAACCUCCAACAGCCAAAAUUGGCCCGUCUUCUCUACAAAAGGGCGGCCGAGACCGGGUUGGUCAAAGUUCAUUUUGGCCUGCGGCUCAAAGGCAUCCAGCAAGACGCGGACUCGGUAACUGCUACGGUGACUCGCGCAGAUGGGAGUCACGAAACCACCUUCCAUGCUUCAUUCCUCGUGGGUGCGGACGGAGGGAGGUCGACAACCCGGAAGCUACUUGGCAUUCAUUACAAGGGCCAUAGCUGGCCGGAGCGUCUGGUGGCCAUAGAUGUUUUGAUAAAAAAUGCCGAGUUUGAUGAUGAUUACCCGAGUUCGCUUUUUGUUGAUCCCGUCCAUUGGGGGCUUGUUACGCCGCUGGAGAAACCCCAGCGCGAGAAAGAGACCCUGUGGAGAUGUACGGUGGCGCUUGAUCCUAGCGAUCAGCGAGGGGAUGACCAAUUGGUUGCGGAGGAAUCCCUCAGGAGCCUUCUCACCAACGUUGUCCCGGGCCCUCAACUAGAUACAGCAACGGUGGUGAGAGCCUCUCCGUAUCGGGUGCACCAACUUUGCGCUACUACGUUGAACCGUGGACGCUGUGUUCUAGUUGGUGAUGCCGCACAUCUCAACAAUCCUAUGGGGGCCAUGGGCCUCACCACGGGUAUUCUCGACGCCGAUGCUCUAGCGGACGCUUUGGAGCUCAUUAUCCACGAAGGCAAGCCCAUCAGCGUGCUCGACGUGUACACCGAUGAACGACGCCGCGCAUUCCAGAUGUUCGUCGAUCCUUCCUCGACGCAGAACAAGCUGCGCGUCGCCAGCGACGUCAAUACUGCAAAGAAGGACUGGCUCAUAAGAUUCAUGGCUCGCGCAUCCGGUGACGGCGAUAUGGUGAAGCAGGCAACCGAGCCUUUCUUCAGUGUCUGGCGGACUGAUAUGAGGAAAAUUCUGUGCCAUCAGGAACCCUGA